UGACAGCUGAGGAACUGUGGCGAGGCGUGCUGGCAGAAUCCGGCGCUGGAGCCAGAAAGGGCAGAGGGAAGCGAACCAAACGCAAACUGAGGAGAGACCUCAAUCGAGGACAGAUCAUUGGAGAAGGUCGAGGUGGUUUCUUGUGGCCUGGUCUGAAUGCUCCGGUUCUAAAAGAUGGCGCCGUGCAGAGCUUCAGCCGAAGGAAUGAUGCUGAGCAACAGGAAGUUCAGGCGGAACUAACGCGACAGAGGGAUGAGUGGGAGAAGAGGAGGAGGAUGAGGGUGAAGAGGGAGAGAGGCUGGACAGGGAACUCCUGGGGGGGCAUCAGCCUGGGACACCCUGACCCUGGACCCAAUGGAGAAACCUAUGAAGACUUUGAUUCUCGAGUUAUUGAGGUUAAGAGUGUAUUCAACAUGACGGCGAAGGAGGGAAGGAAGAGGUCCAUCAGCUGUUUGGUUGCUGUAGGAAACGGCAACGGAGUGGCAGGGUUCGCUUUGGGUAAAGCAGCAGACAGAAAUGCAGCUCUGAGGAAGGCCAAGAACCGAGCCAAACGGCAUUUGUACCACAUAGAAAGAUACAACGACCACACCAUUUAUCAUGACAUUGACUCCAGGUUCAAGAGGACAACUCUGCGUAUGAAGAAGCAAAACGAGGGUUAUGGUCUGCACUGCCACAGGGCAGUCAUCACUCUCUGCAAGCUGAUUGGCAUUAAGGACAUGUACUGCAAAGUAGACGGGUCAGUCAAUCUCCUGAACAUCACUCGGGCACUCUUCACCGGAUUGGCCAAUCAGGAAACCCACCAAGCACUGUCCGACAAGAAGCAGCUCCAUGUUGUGGAGUUCCAGUCUCACCGAGGCCCGCUACCUGUAGUGGUGGCAAGCCCUAAAGACGGGGUGCGCCCCAACCCGGAGUCCAAGGAUGAGAUCCCCAAUACCAAGCUGCACUGGGACGACGUUCAAGCUGCACAGAGAAUCAAACGCUCCAUUUGGGCUGGGGUGAAACGCACCGUCUGGUAGAGCAAAACACAAAUUUAGUGAUUGUUGCUGUUGAUGUAGUUUUGAAAAGCUGAAAGGACAAA